UUUUUUUUUUAUUAUUUACACUGCAAAUUAAUUUCUAAGUGGAUGUUAUUUUAAAUUUCAGAAGGAAUGGAUGUUGAUAAUGAAAUGGGAUCACCAAAAGCAACUGCUGAAGCUCUUUUUGGCGAGGAUCUUGAUAUUAGUUCUGAUGAAGAAAACAAAGAAAAAGAAGCUCCCAAUGGUGAUAUUGCUACUACGCUCCAUGAUAUACAAGAUCAAGAAGAACAAGAGGAACCUGUACCAGAAACAAAAAUUGAAUUGGAAAUUCCCAGAAUUGCAACAAAUCUAGGCAAAGAGGUUCAUUUUGUGAAAUUGCCAAAUUUUCUUAGUGUCGAUACUAGACCAUAUGAUCCUCAGUGGUAUGAAGAUGAAGUUGAUGAGGAUGAGGUAUUAGAUGAAGAAGGUCGAGCUCGAUUAAAACUUAAGGUUUGUAUUUCUUUUCUUUCCAUGCAAAAAAAAAAUAAUCUUUUUUUAUCUUUGUUGAACUGUUGA